UGCUUUCUUGUUAACUUGUUACAUAAAUAAUUUGUGUUUUGCAGUUACAAAGCGUUUGUCCUGGUAAAAUGGCAGGAAAUCUUGGCAGUGAAAUUCGUAGAAUAUUUGACAACAUGGAGUAUGGGCCAGCACCAGAAUCUGCAGAUGUUGCAAAAAAAUGGUUAUCUCAACAUAAAGACAGUUUGGGACAUUUCAUUAACGGGGAAUGGGUGAAACCAGAAAAUCGAAAAACUUACACAACUUGUAGUCCAGCAACUGGUGAAGCUCUGGCUGAUACAAUACAGGGUGAAGAAGAAGAUGUAAACCUUGCUGUGUCUUGUGCUAAGACAGCUUUUCAAUCUUGGUCUCAACUACCAGCUCAUACCAGAGCAAGGCAUUUAUAUGCAGUUGCAAGAAAUGUGCAAAAACAUCAUCGACUUAUAGCAGUCAUUGAAGCUCUUGAUAACGGGAAAUCCAUCCGAGAGACAAGAGACUGCGACAUACCUCUUGUUGCUCGGCAUUUUUAUCACUAUGCUGGUUGGGCUCAAUUCUCGGAUACUGAAAUGAGAGAAUGGAAACCAGUUGGUGUUGUAGGAGCUAUUGUUCCAUGGAACUUUCCACUCAUGUUAUUAACAUGGAAGGUUUGCCCUGCACUUGCGAUGGGCAACACAGUAGUGUUGAAACCCGCCACAUUCACUAGAUUGUCAGCUCUCUUGUUUGCUGAGAUAUGCCAUGAAGCUGGUCUCCCACCAGGUGUGUUCAACGUAGUCACUGGCAACGGAUCAUUUGGUAGCAAACUUGCUCUUCAUCCUGAUGUUGAUAAAGUUGCUUUUACUGGUUCAACACCGGUUGGACAAACUUUGCGUCGAUUGACAGCUGGAACUGGGAAGAAACUUUCUCUUGAACUUGGUGGGAAAUCUCCUGUCAUUGUGAUGGACACUGCUGAUAUAGAUAGUGCUGUUGAAGGAAUAGUUGAUGCUAUUUAUUUCAAUCAAGGCCAGGUUUGCAGUGCCGGGUCGCGACUGUUGGUUCAAGAAAAUAUAUUUGAUGAUGUGAUUCAAAGAGUGAAAGAGAGAUUGAAACAUUUUCGAAUCGGCCAUUCACUUGAUAAGGCGAUAGACAUGGGUGCUAUUGUAAGCCAAGCUCAAUAUAACACCAUAAAAGAAUAUGUGGAUGAUGCAAGAGCUACAGGAGCAGAUGUAUUUCAACCAGAUAUUCCACUUCCUGCCAAAGGCCUCUUCUACCCACCAACAUUGAUAACAAAUGUUCAAACUGUUUCAAGGGUUGUGAGAGAAGAGAUAUUUGGUCCUGUGUUAGUUGCCCUGCCAUUUCGAACAGCUAAAGAAGCUGGUAACCUUGGUAACAACACGAACUAUGGAUUGGCUGCAAGUGUGUGGUCGGAAAACCUUCCUACAGCAUUGGAGUUGGCCAUCACACUAAAAGCUGGCACAGUGUGGGUGAAUUGUCACAACUUAUUUGACGCUGCUGCUGGGUUUGGUGGCUACAGGGAAAGUGGGUUUGGUAGAGAUGGUGGCAAGGAGGGAUUGUAUGAAUAUGUCAUGCCUAAAUGGGAACGAACAAUAAGACAAAAUGUUGAUAUUGAUAUCAAAACAUUUGGUGCUUCGUUUGGAAGUGGGACUUCCCCAACACCAGGACAAGGUGGGCCAUCAAAAUCUCAAUUGUGUCCAAAUGGAAAACAACAACCAUUAGUUGACCACACAUACAAAGUAUAUUAUGGUGGUGCACAGAAGAGGCCUGAUGGUUGCUAUUCACGACCAAUAUAUGCAGCACAUGACAAACAAACCAUUGUAGCUUACGUUGGUGACAGCAAUCGUAAAGAUGUGAGGAAUGCUGUGGAAGCUGCUCACAAGGCGGCCCCUGGGUGGGGUAAGAGAGCCGCACACAACAGGGCGCAGAUUGUUUACUAUAUGGCUGAAAAUCUUGAAUUGCGAAGGCAGGAAAUAGCAGAGCGUAUUUCAUUGCUAACAGGUAAAACUUUAGAGAAUUCAUUCAAAGAAGUUGAUUUAUCAAUUCAGAGGUUGUUUUAUUGGGGAGCUUACGCUGAUAAAUAUGGUGGGAAUGUACAAGAGACAACAUUGUAUGGUUGUACCGUGUGUAUUCGUGAACCGGUGGGUGUUGUGGGUAUUGCUUGCCCUGAUGAAUUCCCUUUGUUAGGAUUUGUUUCUCUCUUUGCUCCCGCUAUUGUUCGUGCUAAUUGUGUUGUGAUUAUCCCAAGUGAUAAAUAUCCAAUACCUGCGCUCGAUUUUUACCAGGUAUUUGAUACUUCUGAUUUACCAGCAGGAGUGGUUAACGUACUCAGUGGAAAUAAGGAUCAUAUCAGCAAGUAUCUGACUGAACAUCAAAAUGUUGAUGCUAUGUGGUAUUUUGGUUCAGCCGAGGGUUCAAAAUUUGUUGAGUUUACGUCUGCUGAGAAUGUUAAGCGGACAUGGGUCAACUAUGGUAAGGAGAGAGAUUGGAUGGAUCAGGAUCAAGGUCAAGGAGAAGAAUUUCUUUAUCAUGCAACUCAAUGUAAAAAUAUCUGGAUGCCAAUGGGAACAACAUUUUCGAACUAAAUAUUUCUUAUGUUUUUUAUUGAAUAAAUAUUGAAAUACCCAAUAUUGAAAUUUUAAACAAUAAUAUUACUUUUUCAAAAGUUCCAAUUGAUUAUAUGUUGUUUACCACUUUUAUCCAUGUAACUGCGGUGGAUAUGUUUCGGUUAAAUUGUGGCUGCUGUAAUGUUUUAAAUUGUUGGUGCUUGGUUUUUAAUUGAUCAGUUUAGUUCACUGUCCGUUCCCUUAAUCAUGUUUUUCUUGGUAAUUUGUGUGUGUGAAUUUUUACAAAAGCUUAAAAAAACGAAAUAUAAACUGUAAAAAUUGCAAGCCUGUUGUAUCCAUUAAAUAAAUUAUUGCGAUUAUUUAUCCAUAUUUAUAUUGGACAGUAAUUUUUUGCAGGAAAUGUGUAACAGUAGUACAUAUUUAAUCAACUUUAAUUCUGUGAAAUUCCGUGCAAUUAAAAUGCAUAUAAUAAAAAAAUAUUGCAUUAAAGUAACUGAUCACAAAAAA